AUGGGGAAGGAUGUGAUUGCAUGGCAGAGCCUCCUCUCUUCAGGGGAGCUGCUGCACUUCAUCUCGUCUUACUUUGUGUUUUCAUUCAACCAGACAUGUUUGGAGUUGGAGCGUUACCUGCAGAGCGAGCCCUACGUCUCCACAUCCGACCUCAAGUUCGACGGCCAGGAGGACCUCUGGAGCAAGCUGAUCUUGGCCUGCGGGGACAAGGCCAAGGCCGAGUCCGACCCAAAGCUGCCGCGGGCGCAGGAGGAGGACAAUCAGGACAGCCAAAUCUUGGACACCAACAGUGUGAAUUCAGACGCCAGCAGCGAGGCCUCGGACAGUUCUGAGGAGCUCUCGCCCACGCACAGCUUUACCUCCAACCCUCUUGGUUCCGUCUUGGUUGGCUCUGGACCUUUUAGCCCCUCCGUCAUUAGCACGCCCCCGUCCUCGCCGGAGGCCAACUCGGAGCCCAUCACGGUGACGAAUAGCUGGGUCGCCAUGCACGGCGACUUGCACUUGCCGGUCAAAAUCAGGAGCGGUGGCUCUGCAAAGGGUUCGGACAAGACAGGACUCAUGUGCGGGGACGCGUCUCCGGACGGCAGGAGGCGAGUACACAGGUGUCAGUUCAACGGGUGUCGCAAGGUUUACACGAAGAGCUCCCACCUCAAAGCACACCAGCGCACUCAUACAGGUGAGAAACCGUACAGAUGUUCAUGGGAGGGCUGCGAGUGGCGUUUUGCACGGAGCGACGAGUUGACCAGACACUUCAGGAAGCACACUGGGGCAAAGCCAUUUAAAUGCAGUCACUGUGACAGAUGUUUCUCCAGGUCAGACCAUCUGGCUCUUCACAUGAAGAGGCACAUCUAGAGAACAGGGCGAGCGCCGAGUGAGCGUCGCAGCGAAGGGGUGGACGUUUUUUUUUUUUUUU